GUGCAUAUUCGUCUCUCCUCGUGUUUCCUAGGUCACCCUGUUUUCCCGUGACUGCGAGUUCGCGACCUCCGCGUGCCCGCCCUCCGCCGCCGCCGCCGCAAAGAUCAACAUCGCCGACGUUUCCCAGCAGGAUCAUGUCAGGCAGUCCAGGCUACUCGGGCGCCCCGAGGCGGCAGCGGAGGCGUCGCCCGAGGGACGCGGAGGAGGGCCCCGCGUUCCCCAGGGUUGUCACGAACAGGGCAAGAGGUGCCCGCGAGGUCCGCCAGGAGACCGUGGUGCAAGCGGAGGCUAUGGAUGUGGAUGUUGAUGUGGAGAAGACUACUGAAGCCGCCGCAGGAGGCGUCGAUGGGUCUUACCUCAGCGACACACGGUUUGAUCAAUGUAAUGUUUCUCCAUUGUCAUUGAAAGGCAUCCAUGAUGCUGGAUAUGAAAGGUUGACCCGGGUCCAGGAGGCAACUCUGCCAGUAAUCCUUCAAGGCAAAGAUGUUCUUGCAAAAGCAAAGACUGGAACAGGAAAAACUGUUGCCUUUUUGCUUCCAGCCAUCGAACUUCUCUCUAAAUUACCCCGUUCUACAUCCAUAAAUUUGCUGGUGAUGCUCCCUACUAGGGAGCUCGCAAACCAAGUGGCUGUUGAGGCUAGGAAGCUUCUCAAGUAUCAUAGCACAUUGGAUGUACAGGUGGUAAUUGGUGGCACACGAUUACCUCAAGAGCAACGCAGCAUGAAAUCGAGCCCAUGUCAGAUUCUUGUUGCUACACCUGGAAGGCUCAUUGAUCAUCUUGACAACACACCUGGUUUUGCUACGCGGAUCAAAGGCGUGAAGGUUCUUGUUCUUGAUGAAGCUGACCGCCUAUUGGAUAUGGGAUUCAGAAGAGAUAUUGAGAAAAUAAUUUCUUUCAUUCCUAAAGGACGACAAACACUGCUAUUUUCUGCUACCGUUCCAGCAGAGGUUCGUCAAAUUUCUAAUUUAGCAAUGCAGAAGGAUUACAAGUUCAUCAAUACUGUUCAAGAGGGUGAUGAGGAGACACAUUCACAGGUAAACCAGAUGUACAUGGUUGCAUCACUAGACAUGCACUUCUCUAUACUAUAUGAUCUAUUAAAGAAGCAUGCCGCAGAAGAUGUGGAAUACAAAGUGAUUAUAUUCUGUACUACAGCAAAGUUCACCAAGCUUGUCGCUGAAGUUCUCUCUCAGUUGAAACUGAAUAUAAGGCAGAUCCAUUCCAGAAUCUCCCAAUCUGCUAGAACUAAAGUCUCAGAUGAAUUUAGGAAGUCAAAGGGUUUAAUAUUAGUUAGUUCUGAUGUUUCUGCCCGUGGUGUUGAUUAUCCUGAUGUCUCGCUUGUCAUACAGGUUGGGUUGCCUUCUGACAGACAGCAGUAUAUACAUAGACUUGGUCGGACUGGACGGAAAGGCAAGGAAGGGCAAGGAAUUUUACUGUUGGCUCCCUGGGAAAAACAUUUUCUUAAUAGUGUCAAUGAUUUGUCCAUAUUGGAGGCUGUGGCACCUUCAGUUAAUCCAAGCAUUCAGGCAGAAGUCAAAGGUGCCGUCAGAAAAGUAGACAUGAGCUCCAAGGAAUCAGCCUACCAAGCAUGGUUAGGAUACUACAACUCAAACAAGACCGUCAAUAGAGACAAGCCUAGACUUGUGAAGCUCGCAGAAGAGUUCAGCCAGAGCAUGGGACUUGAAGUUCCGCCAGCCAUACCGAAACUCAUUCUCCGGAAGAUGGGUCUGUUAAAUGUUGCUGGGCUGCGGUCUUCGUAAAUCUGUUGCAACAAGGUCAAGCAGGACUUGUGUGCUAGAACACACUACGCACAUUUGAGCAACCAUAAAACUAUCAAACUACAAUUUUCCCAUGAUGUACACCACUGCUGCAUUUUUUUUCCUGAGGAAGCUCUUGAUCAGCACUAUCUGCAGGAGCCAGGCUCCAGUAAAUCCAGUGAUUCUUCAUAUAACAUGUUCUUUGGCAUAGUAUUUCUGAACCUUAACUACAAUCAGUACCAAGGUAUUUUGAGGAGGAAAAAAAAGUGUAUUUGGCUAUUUUUGGCUCUAGUCAAUGACUAUAGGCAUUAUGCUCACGCUGCUACAUUAUACAUCAGCUUGUCUCAGUUAUACCAUUCCUAUGGAAUCAGGAGAUGUUUUGCUAUCAUCGACUACCAGCUUAUACUUAGUUUUGUUA